AGGAGGUCCAGGAUUCAGCUAGAAGCACAGAAAAAAAGAAGGUGAGGUUGCCUACUCUUCAAGAAGGACAACAAAGACUUCUGCUGGUCCCAAGAAACAGGGUCAAGGAUGCUCAACUUCUGGACCCUGCUGCUGGCCCUGACAUUCCUGGUAGAGACGGGACAGUCCCAGAGCUACAAAUCAAUACCUACAGUACUGAACCUGGCCAAAGGACGACGAGCUUAUCAGUCCUCCGUAUAUCCACAUACGAUCGUUGGAUCAGCAGACAAAGCUGUGGACGGCUUCUAUGCUGGGAACUUCCACCAGGGCUCCUGCACCCACACCAACGCUGAGAAGAACCCCUGGUGGCUGGUGGAUCUGGACUCAGAGUACGCCAUCGCAGCUGUCUUGGAAAACCGUGGCGACUGCUGUGGCGACAGGCUGCUGGGAGCCGAGGUCCGUGUGGGGAACACCAUUGUGGACCAUGGCAAAUCCAACGCUCUAUGUGGGAUCGUCACAGAUGUCACACUGGGCUCCGUCAGUAGCUUCAACUGCAACUGGCUCAGGGGCCGCUAUGUGAGCAUCCACCUUCCCCGCCACGGGCCUAUGACGCUGUGCGAAGUGGAUGUCUAUGGAGCUGUAGCAGAAGAGAUGCGUUAGGGACCACCAGCAGUCUCUGUGUUGGUGUGUUCAGGCAGUGUGGCUGUCAAAGACCAAGGAUGCGUCAAUCAAUGCCAUAGUCCUCCCUGCAGCAAGCCCCCUUUCCUCUACUUCUCCAGCAGCUUCUCAUGGCCCUGAGAACCAACACGGCCUGUGCUUUUGCUCCUGCCACAAAGCGUAGACCAGGCAUAGGCAAACCCAGCCCUCCAGAUGUUUUGGGACUACAACUCCCACCAUCCCUGACCACUGG